AUGACCUUCCGCUCUCCUCCUCCUCUUUUUCUUCUUCUUUUUCCCCCAGUGAAGAAAGCAGAGCUCCAGGGACCCCCAGAUAAAUUCAACACUUACGUAACACUGAAGGUGCAAAAUGUCAAGAGCACCACGGUUGCUGUUCGUGGGGCCCGGCCGUCUUGGGAGCAGGACUUCCUCUUCGAGAUCAGCCGGCUGGACCUGGGCCUGAUUGUGGAAGUGUGGGACAAAGGGCUGAUCUGGGACACCAUGGUGGGCACAGCCUGGAUCGCCCUGGAGACCGUCCGGCAGUCGGAUGAGGAGGGUCCCGGGGAGUGGUCCACCCUGGAGGCGGAGGUCCUGAUGAAUGGCCAGGAGGUCUGCGGCACCAAAAACCCAACACCGCACAAGAUUUUGCUGGACACCCGGUUCGAGUUGCCUUUCGACAUUCCUGAGGAAGAAGCCAAGUACUGGACCAAGAAGCUGAAGCAGAUGAACUCGCUGGAGGAAGAGGAGGAGGAGGAGGAGGAAGAGGAGGUGGGUUUCUCCUGCAGCUCCCCCCAAACCCCCUUGUGCUGGGGACCCUUUCUAGCUGCAGCGGCACGGCCGGAUCCCGAACGGCGUAGCCAGACUCCUGCAGGGGGACUUGCUCACUGGGCCAGGCCUGGGCCCCCUCUGCAGUUCCUCUGCUCAGGGGUCAGCGGGCAGCAUUGCAGGAGAAGCUCUUCAUUCCCAUAG